GUAAUGUUGUUGCUGUCAAUGGGUGUGAAGGAAAAGCCAAAAAUAUUAGUAAAUUGGAAGCGCCAACUAAACCUCCUCCACUCUGACCCCGCGAUGCCUUCUGUCCCCUUUCACCAUUUAUACCCAUUUCAAUCUCAUUCUCCUUCUUCUUCACCACAUCCAAUUCAUUCUUCUUCUUCUUCUUCUUCUUAUUUCUUAUUUGGGUUUCUCACGAACCCAUUUCUUCCACCUCGCUCUGCUUCAUUCUCCCACAGGUGUUCGUUUGUUUGCUUGUGAUGCUGUUUGUGACCUGAUGGGGAAGGAUUGUGUGUGUGUUUUUCUGCUAUGGUUUUGCUCCUCCUUGCUCCUUGCUGGUGCUGAAACCACAGAGCCUUCUGAUGUUGCUGCAUUGCUAGCAAUAAAGAGGAGUCUAAUUGAUCCUAUGGAUCACCUUAAAAACUGGACUAAGGGAGAUCCUUGCAUUAAUGGUUGGACUGGAGUGGUAUGCAACUCUACCAAUGGAAAUGUUGGGAACUUACGUGUCAAAGAACUCCAUCUGUUGAAUCAGAACCUAUCUGGAAACUUAGCCCCUGAGAUCAGCCAAUUGUCCCAACUUGAGAAGUUAGAUUUCAUGUGGAAUGACUUAACUGGUUCAAUUCCGAAGGAGAUUGGCAGUCUUAGGUUCCUUAGACUAUUACUCUUAAAUGGAAAUAAACUAUCUGGUUCUCUUCCAGAUGAGCUUGGUAAUCUUACAAAUCUCAUCCGAUUCCAAGUAGAUGAGAAUCAACUUUCAGGGCCUAUCCCAAAAUCAUAUGCUAACUUGACCAAUGUGAAGCACAUCCACUUCAAUAACAACACACUCAGUGGUCCAAUUCCAUCCGAGCUUUCCACAUUACAGAAGCUUAUUCACUUGCUUUUGGAUAACAAUAAAUUGUCGGGUUCUCUGCCACCGGAAUUCUCGAGACUGCCAGCUAUAAGCAUUCUGCAACUUGAUAACAACAAUUUGGAAGGAGAAAUUCCAGCAUCUUAUGAAAGUUUUUCUACAUUAGUGAAAUUAAGUCUUAGGAAUUGCAGCUUGGAGGGACAGAUUCUUAAUUUUAGCAAGAAUGCAAACCUGAGUUACUUGGAUCUUAGCUGGAACCAUUUUACUGGACCCAUACCACCAUAUAACCUCUCUUCUCAAAUGACAACGAUAAUUUUGUCACACAACCAGCUGAAUGGAUCUAUCCCCAGCAGUUUCUCCGGUCUUCCUGCCCUUCAGAAACUGUCACUUGAGAACAACUCUCUAAAUGGUUCUGUACCUUCAUCUCUAUGGGAGAAAGUGGUCUUCAAUUCAAGUGCUCGACUUUUACUUGAUUUUCGGGACAAUUCAUUUUCUGGCAUUUCCGGAAGCACGAACCCUCCAGUUAAUGUCACUCUAAGGCUUGAAGGAAAUCCAUUCUGCCUAAAUUUUAGAGGACAGAACUCUAUGUUGUUCUGUGCAUCAAAAACUGUAGAUGAUGGGUUGUUUAGAAGCUCGAGCACCUUCAACAAAUCAUGUCCAGUCAGAGGUUGUCCAACAGAUGUUUUUUUCGAAUACGUGCCAGACGCCCCAGAUCCAUGCUUUUGUGCAGCACCCCUUGGGAUAGGAUAUAGGCUAAAGAGUCCAAGUUUUUCCUACUUUCCUCCAUACAUAUAUUCAUUUCAAGAAUAUGUGACAAAGGAACUCACUUUGGAUAAGUAUCAAUUGUCGAUCGAUUCAUACGAUUGGGAAGGAUCUCGUAUGAGGAUGUAUCUUAAGAUUUUCCCAUUAUUUGAUAGUGGUUCUCACUUGUUGAAUGACAGUGAGGUGUUUCAAAUUACAGAAAAAUUUAUGUCGUGGAAUUUUACUCGUAAUGACCUCUUUGGCCCGUACGAGCUUCUCAACUUCACGUUCCCCGACCGUUCUCAGAUCGUCAUUUUCCAUAGAGAGAAGGUGGGGAUUGGUGCAGGCAUCUUGGCUGCCAUUAUAGUUGGAUCUGUCACCUGUGUUGUUUUGAUUGUAGCAGUGGUCAUACUUCUGUUCACUAGGCGUUCGAGUAGCCGUAACAAUUUGUCAAGGAAAAACUUCUCUUCGGUGAUUGGUAUGAAGAUUGAUGGUGUAAAAGCAUUUUCAUUCAAGGAAAUGCAAUCAGCUACUGGAUAUUUCAACUGCUCAUCCCAAGUAGGCCAUGGAGGAUAUGGCAAGGUCUAUAAAGGCAUAUUGUCUGAUAAUUCAGUUGUCGCUAUCAAGCGUGCAGAAGAAGGAUCGUUGCAAGGCCAAAAAGAAUUUUUGACAGAGAUACACCUCUUAUCACGAGUUCAUCACCGAAAUCUAGUUUCGCUAAUCGGAUAUUGUGAUGAAGAAGGGGAACAAAUGCUGGUUUACGAGUUUAUGUCGAACGGGACUUUGCGGGACUGGAUUUCUGGUUGUGAAUUUUCUGCCAAAACUGCAGUAAACCUGAACUUUCGUAGGAGAUUACAAAUUGCAUUGGGUUCAGCUAAAGGUAUACUGUAUCUCCAUACUGAAGCAAAUCCUCCUAUAUAUCACCGAGACAUAAAAUCUAGAAACAUACUUCUCGACGCCAAGCUCACUGCCAAAGUCGCUGAUUUCGGGCUGUCACGUCUUGCUCCCGAUCUCGACUAUGAAGGGGACGCUUCUGGACACGUAUCUACUGUUGUGAAGGGUACCCCGGGUUACCUUGAUCCGGAGUACUUUUUAACCCAUAAAUUGACCGACAAAAGUGAUGUCUAUAGCCUUGGCGUCGUGCUCUUGGAGCUCUUAACCGGAAUGCAUCCUAUUUCUCACGGCAAAAACAUCGUUCGUGAGGUAAAACUGGCACAUCAACUAGGAACAAUGCUUUCAAUUGUUGACACCAGGUUGGGUUCGGUCUCGGCCGAGUGUUUAGAGAGGUUUGCUGCUUUGGCACUCAGUUGUUGCCAUGACAAACCAGAAGACAGGCCGUCUAUGCGUGUUGUAGUGAGGGAGCUGGAGAACAUACUUAACAUGAUGCAUGAUGAUAGUGGCACCUUGUGUUCCAACUUGUCUCCGAGCUCGAGCACCGGACUUCCAUCCUCACCGACGUCGACAUCGGCAUCGUACAUUGCCCACGACCAGUUUGCAUCGGGAAGCAUUUCGGGGAGCGAUCUCAUCAGUGGCGUUGAGCCAGCCAUCAGACCUCGCUGACAUAGUUUCUGCUUACUUCUUGUAACUAUGCUUAUGCAAGUCCUAAUAUGUGCUUAGCCUUUGUAGGAUUCAUAGGUCUCUAACCUUAAAAGUAUUCAAUAAGUU